AAAUAGGGAUCCUCACCAGUCUGAUAAAACCCAACCAAACCAAACAAAACCAAUCAAUCAAGCAAUUAGUCCUCACUCAUCAAUUGAUUUCAUCGAGUUCCGAGCAGCAGCAGCACCCACCCACCUAUACACACACACACACACCAUCAUCCUUCCUUAAACACUCUUAUACAUUCGAGACACACACAUAAUAAAUCGAUGGGUUUCUUUUCCUUCCUCGGAAGGCUUCUCUUUGCCUCUCUUUUCAUCCUCUCCGCCUGGCAAAUGUUCAAUGAUUUUGGUGAUGAUGGUGGUCCUGCUGCAAAGGAACUAGCUCCAAAAUUUGUUCUUUAUCAGAGAUAUCUAGAACACUUGAUUGGAGCUGAAGUGCCAAAAAUUGAUGUUAAGCAUGUUGUUUUGGCUUCAAUGGCUUUUAAAGGUCUUGGCGGAAUUCUAUUCGUAUUUGGCAGCACCACCGGUGCCUACUUACUGCUGUAUUACUUGGCAAUAAUGACCCCAGUGCUACAUGACUUUUACAAUUACGAGACUGAUGAUCCAAAAUUUCACGCUGUUCUUCCAGAUUUUGUGCAGAGCCUUGCACUGUUUGGUGCACUUCUCUUUUUCAUUGGAAUGAAGACUGUGCUUCCUAGAAAAGUUAUCAAAAAGAAACCUCUAAAAGCCAAGACAACUUAGGUCCCCAGACGAAAUGAUUUGAAUUGCUUGAUGGUGCUUACUUCUCUAGAAUGUGCUUCAAAGUUCAGAUUCUAGAACGUUUUUGGUUCAUUGGUUUUCAUUGUAAUGCUCAUUUGUUCGGCGUAUUUCAUUUAUAUUUGUCACCUACUUUAAAUUGGGUAACUUUAUACUCUCUUCUUUUUUUUUAACACGGGGACGUUCUUUAGAAGGCA